UACACUAACCACUAUUAAAUGAAUUAAAAAACAAUUUUGAACUCAUUAAAGAAUAAAACAUACAAAUCCGGCGCAUAGCGCCGGAAUACCACUAGUAUGGUAUAAAACUGAACACAAAAAUAAACUGAACACAGAAAACCAACAGCCACUACCUUUUUACACUAGUUUCCAAUUAUAUCAUAUAUUGUGAAAAUUGUUAUAUUGACGAUUUCUAUAUAAAUUUUAUGCCUGGUUUCACUGUUAUUAUCUUUUUUUUUUGUCAGCUCACUUGUAUUAUCUUAAAAUUGUAUUAUCUUGAAAGAAAUUUCAAACUUUUUAUUAAUAUUAGAGAUUGUCAUAGGCUACGCCUCUCCGCUCAAGUAUUUUCCAAAAAUAUUUAAUUCAUUUUAAUCUAUUAUGUUACUUCUAUUUGAAUAUAUAUAUAUAUAUAUACAUCUUCUAUAUUAAUAAAGUUGGCUUGUCUCUCUCCUUAGAGAACCACAUCAUCAAAGAGCAUAUGGGGCUUGUCUCUUUCUCUUUGUUUCGAUGAUGAAACGAUGAAUUAUUUUACUGGACCAUAAUUCUCUUAUUUUAAUAAGUCCAACAUAUCAUAGGGUUUCGUUUUUACUUUCUUUCAAAACUGGGACAUAUUCUCUUAUCAAUCUAGGCCCAAUAGAUAAUAGAGUUUUUUUUCUCUUCCUUAACACAAGCGUUCUAUCGCCGUGACUCUUGGGAUCUCAAACCCUGACCAACGCCUCUGUAACGUCUUCAGAUUUUGGUUAGAAGAUACAUUUAUCCAAGCAUUAACAUCGUCCCUUCCACUCCUCCUACUCUUUCACAUUAACUCAGCCUUAUCAUCAGCCAAGCUAACCGUUCAAAGUAUUACUAUACAAAUGUUCCUUCUCUGCAAUGGACAGACGCAAUGCAACGAAAUCCCAAGGUCAAUCAUUAUUAAGCAACAAUUCUAUCAAUGCCGAAUCCUUACACUCUUCAUGCCGAUUUGAAGGUUGAUUGCUGCUCCAUCACCGCCGAGGUCCGCCUUCAGAAGAUCCCUGAGGAAGCUAGAGAGCUUGAAAAACAACUCAGGCAGACUUUGAGAAGGUACCGUGUUGAGUUGACCAUUUCAGAUGAAACCGAAGAGGCUGUCUUCGUAGCUUUUGAUUCCGAGAUGAUCAAGCUGACUAACGUCCGCUCUUCUGAAGUUGGGCAGGUCAUGGGUGGAGGUUUUUCUUAGCAGCACGAUAACGAAUUCCCACCUUUAAUCACUGAUAUAAUCGGGAAUGCUUACACUUUUCAGCUGAAGUUGUAUGGGUUUAAUUUUACAUCAAAGCAUGAGACCUUAGCGUCAACAGGCCCCAAAUUUUUCGUAAUUGGAAUAUACACUAAUGCGCUGACUGAUUAAGCGUUUCCUAAUCUCUUUAGCAGGGAGGAGGUGAUGGGCCCAAAGACAAUAUGCAUGGAGUCAGCUCACUUUCCUCAGCUUCUGCAAAUCUAGGUAACAACAAUGCGAAGGAGACACCGAGACUUACAGACUCUGCACUGGGGAACCUCCCUGAAGUGGAUGGCUUCAUAUCCCAGAAUCCAAAGCUCAAAUUGAGCAUGCUUCUAAGAAGGUCCGUACGGAAUAGAUGAAUAUGGAAGCUUUAUUUUAUCAUGUUGCUGUCUUUUUUUCAAUCAAAUAAUGCUUUGCGUUUUUUCAUUUUCAAACUAUUGCGUAUGUUGGUUUUGUUCUUUGCACUACUAAUAUAAGAAUAUUUCGAAGUA